UUCGUUCACGUAUUUUUUAGUCAAACGCAGUCAACACUUCUAUCUUCCCGCCGUGUUACUUUUUAGCAGACGUCAAGUUUUUUUAAAACUUGGGUGUGUGUGUAAAUGAUUUUGUAAAUGACUUUUUGUUCUGAAGUUUAACAGUUGAAUUUUCCCCAUUGGAUUACAAUAAUUUUUAGGGUAAUUCUAUGUUAUAUAUCAUAUAUCCAGUCAUUUGAUACAAGCGUAAACAAUGUGGUGGAAACUAGAAGAAAUGAAACGGCUUUAUGAUCAAGUCAUGGAUUUAAGAGAUCGUAAAUUCGACGGGUACCCUCUCUUUGAUUCGCCCCUGGUGUCGCUGUUGAUCCUCACCUUGUAUAUUUCCUUUGUCUGGUAUGGAACCAAAUGGAUGGAAACUCGCAAGCCGCUGAAACUGAAAGAAAUUAUGUUUGUCUAUAACUGCUUCAUGGUCCUAUUUUUAAUCUAUCAGUUUGUUUGGGGCAUGUUUGCCUUUUACUACUUCGGCAUCUCCUUUGUGUGUACGAAUUGGAUCAACUACGAUUUCCCCGAGGACUUCAGAUAUCGGCUUUUUCCCCAGACCCCACCAAAUAAAAGACUUUAUUCCAGCCAGACCACACCAAAUAAAAGACUUGUUUCUUUUCAGGGACUAGCUGCAGCAGCUUCUUUCUAUUACUCUAAGCUACUAGAAUUAAUGGAUACGAUAUUUUUAGUUCUGCGAAAGAAAUUCAACCAGCUUUCAUUUCUUCACGUCUACCACCACGCCAUGACAGUCAUAUUUGUUUGGCUUGGGUACAAAUUCGUCCCAGGAGGUCCAGUGUUAAUCUUUCCAAUUCUUAACGGAUCGGUUCACAUUCUCAUGUAUUCAUACUACGCCCUGGCUGCUAUAGGAAUUCGUUUGACUCGUCUGAAAAGAUACUUGACAAUCAUACAAAUUCUCCAGCAGUGCUUCCUGAUAGUCCUAGUAGUGGUCAACAUGUUCCACGACUGCCCCUUUAUGUGGAACCUGGGCCUGUUAGCCAUUAUCUACGUCAUCAGUCUUCUGAUCCUGUUCUCCAACUUCUACAUCAAGUCGUACGUCACGUCAGACAGACACAAGGCACAACUGAAGGAGAAAACUAAAUGAGAGAUCCAGAAUACCUGACAAGUUUAUUUCCACUUCCGCCAUGUUGACUGCAAAAAAAAUUAAAAUAAAUGGAUGCAAUUUUAGUUUACCACAAUAAAAACGAAUGGAUUAGCUUACUCUCUAACAACAAA